AUGGUCGGGAAACAGCGGGGAGCAGUCACAUUAAUCGAGGAACAACAUGAUUGUCAUCAGCAGAGGCAAAGUGAUGCCAACUGUUUGUACAAACACGUUGUAGUUCCCCCAAAAUUGGUAAAACAGAUUGUUGCGUACUGGCUGUACUUCCUCCUCUUUGUGGGCGUUACUGUCAUCGCAUCUCUCCCUCAAGACUCGAAUUCAUUACUUCUGCCACGGAUUCAACUUGGACCAACAGGACGUUUCUCAGAAAGGACCCAAAUACUGAUCGAGAUGACUUCUAUCCCUUUCUAUCACAUCAAUACAUCAGACGCCACUGGAAGCAAAGACUCUUUGAAUAACGACAAUGAGUAUGAAUAUGAGGACGAGUAUGCUGAGGUGAGAAAGGGUCUACACAUCAUGUCUCUCAUCUUUUACUGCCUGGCCUUUGUUCUUGGUGUGCUCGGCAACGGUGUGGUUAUCUGGGUGACCGGCUUCAAGAUGAAGAAAACAGUGAACACUGUGUGGUUCCUCAACCUCGCUGUGGCCGACUUCCUCUUCACAGCGUUUCUGCCCCUGAGUGUCACCUACACAGCUUUGGAUUUCCACUGGCCUUUUGGCAAAUUCAUGUGCAAACUGAACACCACGAUAAGCUUUCUGAACCUGUAUGCCAGUGUCUACAUUCUGGUGGUGAUCAGUGUGGACAGAUGUGUGUCUGUGGUGUGGCCCGUCUGGACCCAGAACCACCGAAGUGUACGCAAGGCAUCCUUUGUGAGUCUGGGGGUUUGGGUACUGGCUCUGAUACUCAGCACUCCAUACUUCAUCUUCAGGGACACUGUUCCAUCGUUUCACAAUGCAGAUGUCAUCAACUGCUUCAACAACUAUGCUCUUACUGACGACUUCGAGAACGAGUCUCUGUAUCAGCUGGGAUUAUUUCGGCAAAAGGCCAUGGCCAUCACCCGCUUCCUCCUGGGAUUUGUUGUCCCCUUCACUGUCAUUGUCUCCUGUUAUGCUGUCAUAAUACAUCACAUCAGAAGAAACCGCACCCUGGCCAGCCACUCAAGUCGCUCCUUUAAGAUCAUUGCUGCUGUUAUCACUGCUUUCUUCCUGUGUUGGGCUCCCUUUCACAUUAUGGUUUUAAUAGAGUUGGCAAAUUCUCUACUUUCUAUUCGAAGUGUUACAUUAGACCAUGUCAUCACUAUUGGAAUCCCUAUAGCAACCAGCCUGGCCUUUCUCAACAGUUGCCUCAACCCACUGCUCUAUGUGUUCAUGGGACAAGAUUUCAAGGAUAAAGUCCGCAAAUCCAUCUUGAAUGUUCUGGAGACUGCCUUUAAGGAAGAGGUUUCUGGCCGUAACACUGGAACAAAGUCAGUGGACAGCAGUCAGAGUAGAGAGAUGUCGUCCCGUAAUACUGAAGUCUAAGGUUUCCCGUAACGUGAAGGAAGAAAUUAUGAAACUGAAUAAAUCGAUGUAUCAAAGUUUCAUUUAGCUAUCUUUGUAAAACUCUCAAGACAAUAGAAUGUGAAGCACUUCCACCUCAUAUGAAUUAAUUUAUGUAAUUUGACUAUGUUUGGUUAACUGAUCAGUUAUCAGACUGCUGCCUUUUAAUUACCCCUGAAGUAUUAACAAUCUAAUGGGACAGAUUUAUGGUUAAGGAUCUUUUCAAAAGGUUGUGAAUUAUGUGGUAGCAAAAUGUUGUAAUCAUCCAGAACAAAUGGCUACAAUACAUUUCUGCAGUUCUGUUGUUGGCAACUUGUUACGUAAUUUGUACAAAAGAACCUACCACUUGUUUCAAAAUAGGUAUUACGUUAGGAUAGUUACUCUGUUGUAACACUGUCGGUUUGCAUGAUUGUUGGAGCUUUGUUUUUUUUCAUCUGUCACAUGCAGUAUGUGGUGGAUUUGGAUUCAUUUUCCUUGCUUGUGUAAAAAAAAGAUUUGAAUUAGAACUGUUGGCUUCAUAAAAUUGCAUACUAAUUGGAUUACAGCAAGGACAGGCUGUUUAAUAAAAGAAAUGUGGCUUAACUGUCACACAAAACAGAGCCAUGGAAAAAUAGAAUGACCACCGAUUCAAAACGUAAGCCUGGGUAUGUAAUAUUGUAGCAUGUAGCGACCUCUCUCGCUUCAUACAAGUAUGUUUACAUGGUGUUUAUUUGAAUCAAUAAUGAUGAUGAUGAAUCAUAAAAGAGUCAUGAAAUAAUUAUAUAAAUAAAACGAGAAAAAAAUGGGCUUACAGUACAAGUGUUUUUUUUCAUGAAUUACUGUCAAAAUUAGGUGUCACAAAAUGGAUGAAAAAAAGACUACUGCUAGACUAAUGCAACUUUUACAGCUAUUCAUGUAUGUUGUGACGACAAUUCACCAAACAGCAUGUCUCUUUUUUUCUACUGCCCAGCCUGGUUCUUGGUAAGUGGGAUCGUUAUCGGGGUCCUGUUGCUGGUACCCUUUUAUUUUAGCCUCUUGUUAUUUUAGUUUCAGCCAGUAGAGAGAGCUGUUCUACACAUCACGGAUUCUCAGAUAAAGAGCGAGCUUCAGCAGGAGAAAAAAACAUCCUUGCAACACACUGAUUGAGUUACAUCCUUUUUAAUAGUGCAAACACUGUGUGUAAUACCACAUCCACAUCAAGUAGACUGACAGUAAAACCAUCCUGAUUCCCACCCUGACUUUCACUCCAAUAUAAGAUAUCAGAUUCCAAGCUUCCAAGACCGAGACCCCUCUCUGAGUUUAAUUACUUUAAAUAUAUGUUUUGGUUUCUUCCUCUGCUAUCUUAGUUUCUGUUUUCUGCCUACCGACCUCUGUGUAGCAUGGUUGUAAACCGCUAACCCCUGUGUUUCUAUAUCCGCUAAAUAGACAACUCAAUUGUUUCAGAGAAGCCUAGUUGUUUCUCAUGCAGAUAGCAAUU